UGAUCUUGAGGAUAGAGAAGAAAUCGAUUCUGAGCGUCAGGAUGAUGAUAAAGCUAACUCAGCAAGUAGCGACAAUGAAAAUAAUGAAGACGACGAUAAUGUUGCAGUUCCAAUGAACAUAGAUCCAUACGAAUCGGUUGAGGAAUCUGACUUCGAUGAAGAAGGAGCUGAAGAACCUUCAUCUCCUGGUGAAGUCUUUGACGAAGAGGAUUUUCAUAUAUACCAAUGA